AUGAUCGAAGAUGCGCCGCUGCCUGCAGCAGGGUCGCCAGCGGACAGCGCGGAAAAUCUGGAGAUCGGCGACGAGAUUCUCGAGGUCAACGGACGCACCCUCGAGAACGCGUCGCACUCGGAGAUACUCGGACACAUACACGAGUGCAUCAAAUCCAGAACCAUCUGCCUGCGGGUGCGUCGGAGGAGCGGAAACAAAAUGAUAUUGGAUUCGCCGGGCACCAAAGGUAUCGAGGACGCCUGGGUCAUCGCCGUCGAAAGAAGUGCCAGGGAGAGACUGCAAAAGCUCACGGAACUGCGGAGAAUCAAGCCUCGCGAUAUCCAGGCUAUACUGCAUCAACAGAUAACCGAGGGCAGCAUAGCGUCGACGAGCGAAGAGGCCACGGAUAAGGAUGUAACGAGCAGUCAGAUCACCGUGACUCUCGCCGACAAAGAGGGGUCGACGACCACUGCCUACGUGACGAAGUUGAGCAACGGCACGGUCAACAAUCAGGGCAUCGUCAAGGACUCGACGCAGGACCCGCGUGCCAAUCAGCUGAGAAAGCAGACGAGCUCCCUCGAGGAUCCCGACUUGGUGUUCUCGCCGGUGCUGCAAGUCGUCGGCGGCGUGCGCAAUGCCGAGCGCAGGGCGAGCAGUCCAUUCCAGAAUGGCCGCACCGAGGUGCUGAUCGGCGAGCCGGAAGGCGGCCCGAGAUCGCCCCGCGGCUCCACAUCGUCCGCCGUCAAUGAAGAGCACGACUAUCCCGAGCCUAUUAUAAG